CUCGGGGCGAAGUUAGCCGCGGGUCAAGCUAUUUCAGCUGCGGCGACCCAGUCGACAGGAUGGAAUGCCAGUUUUGAGCUCAGCCCCGAGCAGGUCAAGUUGGCCAACUUGACAAGAGAUCAGGGAGCCAUCAUCGACACGAUUACCAAUUUUGACCGCUCCCAGCUUGCCAACGGCGGAGCACAUGAGGAUGACUUUUACAAUGUCCGAAAUCUACCCAAGGACCAAUGGCCCACGGAGCCUGGGAAGACAGUCAAGCUCCAGGAGUUCACGGAUCCGUCGCCAUUCUCCAUUCCCGCUAAGACGGCCAUGUCCCGCCUCGUCUAUAGCACGACAAACGCAAAUGGUACUCUGGUCCCUGCUUCGGCCUACAUCAUGUGGCCGUACGAACCGAAGACCUUUCGAGGCAUGAACCACACCUUUGAGUCAUCGGCGCCCGUUGUGCUAUGGACACAUGGAACCUCAGGUUUCUAUGCCAAUGGGGCUCCCUCGACACGCCGUGAUCUGUUCUACGCGGGCAUCGUGCCAUUUGCGCUGGCUGAGGCUGGAUACGCUGUUAUUGCCCCAGACUAUGCUGGACUCGGCGUGGAUGCGUCAUGGGAUAGGAGUCACAUCCCACACCAAUACUUUGUUCGCGAAGCUGGUGCUCACGAUGCUCUCAACGCUCUGCGAGCGGCUCGGGAGUCCUUCUCAGAGCAUCUUUCAAGCGAUUACGUCGUCAUGGGCCACAGCCAGGGCGGCUCAGUUGCUUGGGGCCUGACUGAGAUUCUUGGUCGGAAAGAUCCUCUGUUUGUGGAUGUUGCGAAGGGUUUCCGCGGUGCUGUUCUCGUGGCUCCACCAACAGACGCAUUAUCUUUUACGUCAGCUGGUUUUUUAGCGUGGAUUGCCAAGGACCUGGACCAGAUCUACCCAUCUUUCAACCUCAGCAACUGGUUUACCCCGCUUGGUGUUAGCCGGAUAGAGCUUUUGAACCAGAUCGAAGGAUCCCAAAUGGUUACCUUUGCCAUGUUCAGCCCCGAAGAAGCGAUCGUGCAGCCUGAUUGGCAUGAGACUUGGUAUGCGAAAGCUUUUGAGGAACUGACCAACCCUGGGAAUCUGCCCUUCAAGGGGCCGGCUCUUAUCAUUCAGGGAACAGAAGACCAGAUAGUGCCGUACAACACGACAAAAGCUACCGUGGAAGAGACAUGCAAGAGGUACCCUGGGGAUAUGGAGCUUUUAACUGUUCCGCAAGGAAGCCAUUUCACCUCCAUCAACGCGGCGAAACAGACCUGGUUGCGUUGGAUUGAGGAUCGAUUCGAGCACCGACCGGUGGCCAAGGCUGGUUGCGUCGAAUCUUGGCUGGACAGUCUAUUGCCUGUGGAGCAUUAUCAAGUGCUUCCGAACUCAUUCCUAAUGUGGGCUGGAGAACCCCAAUGGUCUUAUGAACUGCCGACUGCAUUGUAAUUUUGAACGGGGAGAGAAAACAGCGAGCUGUAGUUGAGGUCAUUAGCCAUGGGAAAUACUUUCGCUUAAUGCCUUUAUAUCUGUAUUAUUGAAAUGGUCACUCAUUC